CAGUACAGAUCGGGCAGGUGGACCGAUCGGGUAGUGACAAAGGAGCUGCUUCUGACUCCAGGAGGAAGAGAGACCGCUGCAGCUCAUAUUAAUUAAGAAUAAUGGAGUACUUGACGAUGGUUGUGAGAUGGGCCAAUCCUCCGCUGGAGCACAUAAACUUCGUCUCAGAGUCCUUGAUACACUGGCACCUGGGCAGAUGGAAGCUGGAGCACCAUACACGUCCAGAUAUUACAGUACUCUGUGCACAGGUUGCCUCUGUACAUUUUGCUGAAUGUAGCGCCCGCAUGCUAGACACACUGAAACACUUAUGGGUGGAUGUGGAUUCUAAUGUUAUGCAAAAGGAAGAGCUCAGUAAAAUGCUGGGAGCGUCGAAUGUGUUCCCCUACAGGAACCUGUACAGUGUCACACACACGGACAUACAACCAGGACUCAGCUUCUUAGAUCAUCUAGCGGAGGCCGGGAAAGCACUGAGUGUGCGCGGUUGGGAACAGCUCAAGUCUCUUUGUGUUUCAGACCCGAGUACAAGCUUUAAGAUACAAUGCAAACACGAACCUCACAGCGUGGCGGUGUUACUGCCGGGGUCUAGGAACCUGAUGAUAACGGUGCGAUGUAGCGAGCCGCAGAGAAUACACGAGCUGAUGAAGAAGUACGGCGUGACGUGCUCCGGUGUCUUUGAUUCCACGGUAUGCGUGUCAGCCAGGUCUCCUUGUACCGCGCUGUGUGACUACAAGAUGACGGUGGUACACGUAACCAUCAUACCAUCGGACGACCCCUUUUGCGACGAGCCCGACCUGUCAAACUUCUACCACAACAUGAGACACGUGCAGAUACGCGCACGGCGCAGUACCCUGAGACACAAACCCUACCCUAGCCAGCAGCUGAUCGGGGACCUAGAUGACAUCAGGCGAAAGGGUAUACGGAUUGCCCUGUACUACAAUGGACACAGGACCGACUUGAUCAGGGUUAUCAAGGAAGAUGGAAGAUUCCUAGAUGAUGUCCAGUGUGACGAUCCAGGUACUGGGCAGUGGGCGCGUUGCACGCAGCAACUGAGACCGGAAUCCGAGCUGACCCUCCGUACUGGAGCUUCACGGGACUCAGAUGACUCGGAUAUAUUCGCUGAGGAGACCGCACGUACUGGCGCUUCACGGGACUCAGAUGACUCGGAUAUAUUCGAUGAGGAGACCGCACCUAUAGAUCAGGAGGACAGUGAUGUCACGGUGGACUCCGAAGAGGAAACUGCCCCUACUAGGGCUUCGGAAGACACGGAGAGAGUGGGACCUGGAACAGAGCUGACCGUCUGUAAGAACACUAACGGAGCGUCCACACAGCAGCGUUAAAAAAAUCUUGGAGGUGGGCGUAUCUGAAGCUUGGGGAUUUUUUGCGAGCAACGCGACCAACAACCAAUCACAUGAAUCUCCCGCCCCCGACAUACAAAGCAAAAAAG